GUUCCCCUUCUCCAGAAGUUGAGUAGAGGUGAUUUCAGUUAUUUUCACUCUGUGUUUCCUAUAAAUGGCUUCACACAAGAUACUUGUAACAAGAAGGUGGUUCCUUGUACGUAUUAAAGGCUUUGCUCGUGUGAGAGCUUGGAAGCUUCGAUAGCACAGAAGUGCUAUUCUCGUAGCAGGGUUUUCAAGUCAAUAGGAGGCAUGCCAAGCUCUUUCCUUUAAUCGCUUGGGCCCAAAAGCUAUGACAGAAGCCAUGGGGGUUGUAAAUGUCUCUGGUGUGAGAGGCUUCCUGUGCUCAGAACCUGAUCUGUGGAUUAGCUGAAUUAGGAAGGACGGGAAGGGGAUAUGGAGUGGGGAAAAUGCUUCUUGCAGACCACCCUGUGAUUGCUAUUCUAGCCUCCCUCCCUUCCUCCAAAGUGGCUCCUUUAGUUACAGUGAAAUAAUAUACUGAGAUAAGCUAGCCCUAUUGUACAUUCAGGCUACCUGCAAGCUAGUGACUUUGCCUGAAUGCUGGCAGAGAACAUGAGACUGUGGGGUCAGAGACAAAGGACUUUAUUAAUCAGAGCAGAGAAGGCAGCAUGAACAUUAUGUUUGUAUUGGUUCCCCUUCUCCCUGAGUCCCAGGAGGGGGAAGUGGAGGGCAAGGUGGACACCUGCAGAUUCAAUGAAUGUGUUCUGGAGAGGAACACUGAACUUGAGGAAGCCACAGUUUUUAUAGCAAGAAUGGACUCAUUGGGCGAAGCUGGGCUAUGUUGUUUGCCAGCGGAGGCUUCAAGGUGAAACUCUAUGAUAUUGAGCAACAGCAGAUAACAAACGCCCUGGAAAACAUCAGAAAAGAGAUAAAGUUGCUGGAGCAGUUGGGUGCUCUGAAAGGCACUUUGAGUGCUGAACAGCAGCUGUCACUCAUCACUGGUUGUUCCAACAUUCAGGAAGCAGUAGAGGGCGCCAUGCACAUUCAGGAAUGUGUUCCGGAAAACCUCGAAGUGAAGAAGGAGAUUUUUGCUCAGUUAGAUGGAAUCGUGGGUGACGAUGUGGUCCUCAGCAGUUCCACCUCAUGCCUCCUGCCUUCCAGGCUGUUCUCUGGGAUGGCACAUGUGAAGCAGUGUGUUGUGGCUCAUCCGGUAAAUCCACCUUAUUAUGUCCCCCUGGUUGAGCUGGUCCCACACCCAGAGACAGCCCCUGCGACAGUGGACAGGACCCAUGCCCUGAUGCAGAAGAUCGGACAGUCCCCUGUCAGGGUCCUGAAGGAAGUUGAUGGUUUCGCCCUGAAUCGCCUGCAGUACGCGGUCAUCGGCGAGGCUUGGAGGCUGGUGCAGGAUGGAAUAGUGUCUCCGAGCGACCUGGACCUUGUCAUGUCAGAUGGCCUGGGUCUGCGGUAUGCCUUCAUGGGCCCCCUGGAAACUAUGCAUCUCAAUGCAGAAGGUAUGCUAAGCUACUGCAACAGAUACGGUGAAGGCAUGAAACGUGUCCUCAAGACUUUUGGACCCAUUCCAGAGUUUUCCGGGGCCACGGUUGAAAAGGUUCACCAGGCCAUGUGUGCGAAAGUUCCAGACGACCCUGAGCACUUAGCUGCCAGAAGGCAGUGGAGGGACGCGUGCCUCAUGCGACUUGCCAGACUGAAAAGUCAGAUGCCAUCCCAGUGACGUUCCUGUGAUGCUGUCACUCCCCUUUCUGGAAGUCCUCGUAGAUGGAAUACAAGAACGUAAUCAUGUCGCUCUAAGCAGUGGGGACCGCAGAGGUGCAUAGCAUGUGCGUCUUGAGCUUGGUCCCCUCCCGUUAGUGGCCUAGCUACUUCUGAUCGUGCCCGUGUCAUGGCUGUCACCAUGGCUCUCGGGAUCUGUGGGCAGAUUUCCUGCCCCCAGGCAAGCAAAUCUCGUGAAGAGUUUCACCUUUUAUCUUCAGUGUGAUUAUACAGCCUACAUUGUAUAGCCAAUAAUUGUCAUUUCAAAUCAUUUUAAUCUGUAGUAAAAUAUUUUUAUAAUUAUUUUCUAAUCCCUUUCUGAGUACUUUGUGGUCCUGCAUUUAUGAGGCAACUACCUUCAUUUUGUUGUUGCUUAUUCUGAAUAAAAGUUUUUGAUUCCA